CCGCCCCACCGCCGUUUUCGCUCAGACGGCAAACCUUUUGCUCGGCCACGUGGACGAGGAUACCGCUUUCUUUCCGUCGUGGGGGCGAGACAUCCCAUCGAAUCAGUGGGAAUACUGGUCGGCUCUGCCUCAGCCCUGACAUUGAAUGCGUUAAUACGUAGUGCGUACCAAUGCGUACGUGCAUACGCGCGCGCGCGUAAGCGUCGCUUGAUAUAGCCCCCUAAUUCCGACUAUUCCGAGCAAAGCAUCGAUCGCGACCGCGCUUUCGCAAGCGGCAAGCAGUAUAACGCCGGCAGUCAUCAACGUAGUGUGAGGCAGGAAACUCAUCGAAGUCGUUGCUCUUCCGGGAAUGGCGCUAAUCUGGUGGGAGAAGAUAUUUCUGUUGAUAAUAAUACUGAUCAGUUUGAGGAUCCUCGUUAAGGUCGGAAUUCUAACGUGGAAGAAACUGAUCGCCCCGACUUUGGGAUUUGGAAUACAUUUUCGAACACAGGGGAAAUGGGCGGUAGUAACUGGUGCGACAGAUGGUCUUGGGAAGGCAUUCGCUAAGGCACUUGCCGAAGAAGGUAUGGAUAUCGUCUUGGUCUCACGGUCCUUGUCCAAGUUGAAGGACGUUGCUACUGAGAUCGAGCAGAAAUAUUGCGUGGAAACUCGUGUCGUGGAAGCUGAUUUAACCGAAGGCCAAAUAGUUUACGCGGAAAUUGGCAAAGCAACGCAGGACUUGGAGGUCGGUGUUCUUGUGAACAACGCUGGCGCAAGCUACGACCAUCCUGAAAUGUUCACGAAUGUGUCGGAGGAAGUUCUCGCGAGAAUACUGCAACUGAAUGUGGCCGGAGUAACCGGGGUCGCAAGAGCGAUUCUGCCCGGUAUGCUGGAGCGAGGGAAAGGAGUACUCAUCAACGUGAGUUCGACAGCCGCAGCUAUACCCAGCCCGUAUCUGUCCGUUUACGCCGCCAGUAAAGCGUACAUCGACAAACUCAGCGCCGAUUUGGCUACGGAAGUUGCGCCGAGAGGCAUCACCGUUCAGUGUGUUCUACCUGGCCCGGUCGCCACGAAGAUGUCCAAGAUCAAGAGACCAUCGUGGAUGGCACCUAGCCCGGAGACGUUCGUCAAAGCGUCACUGAGAACAGUCGGCAUCGAAUCGCGCACGACCGGAUAUCCACCGCAUUCUUUGAUCAUCGGCUUCAUAAACGCAUUGCGUUACACGUGUGAGACGGGCGCGGUGUGGCUGGUGGCCAAAACAAUGCUUAAUUUAAGGAGACGAGCCCUUUACAAGAAGAAACCCACAAUAGUGCCGGAAGCCGCGGAGGGGGAUACUUUAUAGUUGGUCUCGCGCGUUUUGUAAUUUUGUUUCCUCGUUAACGAAUAGAGCACUAGUGGCAUAGAAAAACGUUGCAGUGAGCAAUAAGCAACUCGAUCAAUCACGGUUAAGGACGUA